AUGACAGCAAUGAAAGAAGACAACGCUGCAUUGAUUACACUGAAGAAAAACAACGACCAAGAAAAACUUAGAGUGCAUAAACUGACAGAUGCAAGUUCAAACUCUGCUGAUGGGUUCGUUAUAAAUAAAGCCAAAAACGGUGGACCGCUUAAUAAAAAGUCAUUAGUUAAUAAUGAACAACACAUUAAGAAGGCUGUGUCGCCUGGUAGAGUCAGGAAGCACAAAACGACAACAUCUUCCACAAAAUCACGAACGAAAAGUAAGAAAAAAGACGCUUCUGAAAGUAAAGUACAGAGAGAGAAUAAGGGUUCAUUUUACCAAGGUGCCAUUUUCGGUUCGUUCCUUGGUGCUGCUGUAACUACUGUUUUAAGUAACCUAGCAGUUAAAGCUCUUCAAAAUUAG